AUGUCGUCGCUCCCACCCCCUCCCCCAGGAUGGGGUCCGCCUCCUCCUCCACCACCUCCUCCGGGACCUCCCUCCGACCUCCCUCCUCCGCCCGCGAUUCCUGCGCCUCCUCCACCAGGAUACAACCCUCCGUCGAAUCCUCAGAUCGCAAAGUUUGAGCAGAAGAAGAAAGAAUGGCUACGGUCGCAAAGAACCCGAUUUGGCGAGAAGCGCAAGGGAGGCUUCGUCGAGACCCAAAAGGCCGAUAUGCCCCCCGAGCAUCUGCGGAAGAUUGUCAAAGACAUUGGCGACGUGUCACAGAAGAAAUACACGAGCGACAAGCGCAGCUACCUUGGCGCGCUCAAGUUCAUGCCACAUGCGGUCCUGAAACUCCUCGAGAACAUGCCGAUGCCGUGGGAGUCUGCCAAAGAAGUCAAGGUUCUCUACCACGUCAACGGCUGCCUGACGCUAGUCAACGAGGUACCGCGUGUCAUCGAGCCCGUUUUCUUCGCGCAAUGGGCUACCAUGUGGGUUGUCAUGCGUAAAGAGAAGAGCGAUCGACGGUUGUUCAAGCGCAUGCGGUUCCCUCCUUUCGAUGAUGAGGAGCCUCCGUUGUCAUGGUCCGAGAACUUGGAAGAUGUCGAACCUCUUGAACCCAUCCAGCUGGAACUUGAUGAGGACGAGGAUGAGGCCAUUUAUGAGUGGUUCUAUGACCCGAGACCUCUUGUCGACACCUCGCAUGUGAAUGGACCGAGCUACAAGACUUGGAACCUCACUCUGCCCCAGAUGGCGACCCUGUUCCGACUGAGCGGCCCUCUUGUCAGCGACAUCAUUGACAAGAACUAUUUCCAUCUUUUCGACAGGGAGGGCUUCUUCACAGCUAAGGCUCUCAACGUAGCACUUCCGGGUGGGCCUCGUUUUGAGCCUUUGUACAAGGACAUUGAUCCCAAUGAUGAGGAUUUUGGCGAAUUCAAUGCCAUCGACCGCAUCAUCUUCCGCCACCCUAUUCGCACAGAGUCAAGAGUGGCGUUCCCGUACCUUUACAACUCACUACCGAGAAGUGUGAGAAUCUCUUGGUACUCCCACCCCCAGAUCGUCUACGAGAAGACGAGCGAUCCCAGCCUCCCAGCCUUCCACUUUGAUUCGCGGAUCAACCCCAUCUCGUCCCGAGCCGUGGCGCCUAGGAAUAUCAAUAUCAGCCACGAGGACGAGCUCUUUGGCUCAGGCAGCAAUGAGGAGCCUGAGGAGACGGCGUUUGAGCUCCCUGCCGGAAUCAAACCUUUCCUAGCUAAGGAGGAGCUCUCCACCGAAGAUACGGCAUCCGCUAUCCAGCUCUGGUGGGCGCCCUUCCCUUUCAACCGCCGAUCCGGACGUAUGGUUCGUGCCCAAGAUGUCCCUCUUGUCAAGCAGUGGUAUCUUGAGCACGCCGAACAGAAGCAGCCCGUCAAGGUUCGCGUGUCGUAUCAGAAGCUCCUUAAGUCAUAUGUUCUCAACGAGCUUCAUACCAAGAAUGCCAAGUCCCUGCAACGACAGAACUUGCUCAAGACACUCAAGCAGACCAAGUUCUUUCAGCAAACAACCAUCGACUGGGUCGAGGCUGGCUUACAGGUUUGUCGCCAGGGCUUCAACAUGCUCAAUCUGUUGAUCCAUCGCAAGAACCUGACGUACUUGCACCUUGACUACAACUUCAACCUCAAGCCUGUCAAGACCCUGACUACAAAAGAGCGCAAGAAGUCACGCUUCGGAAACGCAUUCCAUCUGAUGCGUGAAAUUCUCCGCUUGACUAAGUUGAUUGUCGAUGCUCAGGUCCAGUACCGCCUUGGGAACAUCGAUGCCUUUCAGCUGGCCGAUGGCAUACUGUAUGCAUUCAACCACGUCGGCCAACUGACUGGUAUGUACCGAUACAAGUACAAGCUGAUGCACCAGAUUAGAUCCUGCAAGGAUCUCAAGCAUCUCAUCUACUACCGGUUCAAUGCUGGUCCCGUGGGCAAGGGCCCUGGCUGUGGCUUCUGGGCACCUGCUUGGAGAGUAUGGCUCUUCUUCAUGCGUGGCAUCAUCCCUCUGCUUGAGCGCUGGCUAGGCAACCUUCUCUCCCGCCAAUUCGAGGGCAGACACAGCAAGGGCGUAGCCAAGACCGUUACCAAGCAGCGUGUUGAGUCGCACUUCGAUCUUGAGCUCCGUGCCUCGGUCAUGGCAGAUCUUAUGGACAUGAUGCCCGAAGGCAUCAAGCAGAACAAGGUCAACACAGUCCUUCAGCAUCUGUCUGAAGCUUGGCGCUGUUGGAAGAGUAACAUCCCCUGGAAGGUCCCCGGCCUGCCAGCCGCCAUCGAGAAUAUUAUUCUGCGAUAUGUCAAGUCCAAGGCUGAUUGGUGGAUCUCUGUUGCUCACUAUAACCGAGAACGUAUCCGGCGAGGUGCUACAGUCGACAAGACAGUUGCCAAGAAGAAUGUCGGUCGUCUGACUAGGUUGUGGUUGAAAGCAGAGCAAGAGCGCCAGCACAACCACAUGAAGGACGGUCCUUACGUCUCUUCCGAGGAGGCUGUUGCCAUUUACACUACAACAGUGCAUUGGUUGGAGUCUCGGAAAUUCUCCCCGAUUCCCUUCCCCAGUGUCUCGUACAAACACGACACGAAGAUUCUGAUCCUCGCUCUCGAGCGGCUCCGUGAGGCCUACUCGACAAAGGGCCGGCUGAACCAGAGCCAGAGGGAGGAGCUCGCUCUUAUUGAGCAGGCUUACGACAGCCCUGGCACUACUCUGGAGAGAAUCAAGCGAUUCUUGCUCACGCAACGAGCAUUCAAGGAGGUUGGCAUCGACAUGAACGAUAACUACAGUACCAUCAACCCCGUCUAUGAUAUUGAGCCAAUCGAGAAGAUCUCUGACGCCUAUCUCGACCAAUACUUGUGGUAUCAGGCAGACCAGAGGCAUCUUUUCCCUGCUUGGAUCAAACCGUCCGACUCCGAGGUUCCGCCGUUGUUGGUAUAUAAGUGGGCACAGGGUAUCAACAACCUGGAGCAGGUCUGGGAGACCAAGGAGGGCGAGUGCAACGUCAUGAUCGAAACCUCGUUGUCAAAAGUCUACGAGAAGAUUGAGUUGACACUGCUCAAUUCGCUUCUACGGCUGAUCAUGGAUCACAAUCUUGCGGAUUACAUCACUGCCAAAAACAACGUCACCCUGACUUACAAGGACAUGAACCACGUGAACAGCUACGGUAUGAUUCGAGGUCUGCAGUUCUCGGCCUUCGUCUUCCAGUACUAUGGCCUCAUCUUGGAUCUGCUUCUCCUCGGUCCCCAGCGUGCAAGCGAAAUCGCUGGUCCACCUCAGAGUCCAAACGAUUUCCUUCAGUUCAAGGAUCGGGAGACUGAGACCAAACACCCAAUCAGGCUGUACACAAGAUAUAUCGACAAGAUCUGGGUGUUCCUGAGGUUCACUGCCGAUGAAUCGAGGGAUCUGAUCCAGCGAUUCCUAACGGAAGAACCCGACCCGAACUUUGAGAACGUGAUCGGGUAUAAGAGCAAGAAAUGUUGGCCCAGAGAUUCUCGCAUGCGCCUCAUGAGGCACGAUGUCAACCUGGGCAGGGCCGUCUUCUGGGAUCUAAAGAACCGUCUGCCUCGCUCGGUGACUACCAUUGAAUGGGACGAUACCUUUGCCAGCGUGUACAGCAGAGACAACCCCAAUCUGCUCUACUCCAUGUGCGGGUUCGAGGUCCGCAUCUUGCCCAAGAUUCGAAACCAGAACGAUGAGUUCCCAGUCAAGGAUAGCGUUUGGUCGCUUGUCGAUAACACGACCAAGGAGCGCACCGCCCACGCCUUCUUGCAGGUUACCGAGGAGGACAUUCAAAAGUUCAAUAACCGCAUCCGUCAGAUUCUGAUGUCCUCUGGCUCCACCACUUUCACCAAGAUUGCCAACAAGUGGAACACGGCCUUGAUUGCUCUGUUCACGUACUACCGUGAAGCGGCCGUGUCCACUGUCAGUCUGCUUGACACGAUUGUCAAGUGUGAGACCAAGAUCCAGACUCGUGUCAAGAUUGGCCUGAACUCGAAGAUGCCUUCCAGAUUCCCUCCUGCGGUCUUCUACACUCCGAAGGAGCUGGGAGGUCUGGGCAUGAUCUCGGGAUCUCACAUUCUCAUUCCCACGAGUGACAAACGUUGGUCUAAACAGACGGAUGUCGGCGUGACACAUUACCGUGCGGGUAUGUCUCAUGACGAGGAGACGCUGAUCCCCAACAUCUUCCGGUAUAUCAUCCCCUGGGAGGCCGAGUUCAUUGACUCUCAGCGAGUCUGGACCGAGUAUUCACAGAAGCGGCUCGAGGCCAACCAGCAGAACCGCCGCUUGACCCUGGAAGACCUGGAAGACAGCUGGGACCGCGGUCUGCCGCGUAUCAACACCCUCUUUCAGAAAGAUCGCAGUACCCUCAGCUUCGACAAGGGUUUCCGUGCGCGGUCCGAGUUCAAGAUUUAUCAGCUGAUGAAGAGUAAUCCUUUCUGGUGGACAAGCCAGCGCCAUGAUGGAAAAUUGUGGAACCUGAACGCCUACCGCACCGAUGUCAUUCAAGCUCUGGGCGGUGUUGAGACUAUCCUUGAGCAUACGCUCUUCAAAGCAACCGGCUUCCCGUCCUGGGAAGGCCUUUUCUGGGAGAAAGCGAGCGGUUUCGAAGAGAGUAUGAAAUUCAAAAAGCUCACUAACGCCCAACGUUCAGGUCUGAAUCAGAUCCCCAACCGUCGGUUCACGCUCUGGUGGUCGCCCACGAUCAACAGGGCCAAUGUCUAUGUCGGUUUCCAGGUGCAGCUUGAUCUCACAGGCAUUUUCCUACACGGAAAGAUUCCCACCCUCAAGAUCUCCCUGAUUCAGAUCUUCCGCGCCCAUUUGUGGCAAAAGAUCCACGAGUCCGUGGUGAUGGAUCUGUGCCAGGUCUUUGAUCAGGAGCUCGAGUCCCUUGGCAUCGAGUCGGUGCAGAAGGAGACGAUCCAUCCCCGAAAGUCUUACAAGAUGAACAGCUCUUGUGCGGACAUUCAACUUUUCGCCAGCCAGAAAUGGAAUGUCACCCGGCCUUCCAUGCUGUUCGAUACCAAGGACGUCAUUGAGCCCACCACGACGAACAAGUUCUGGAUCGAUGUCCAGCUGCGUUACGGUGAUUAUGAUUCGCACGACAUUGAGCGUUAUGUUCGUGCCAAGUAUCUUGAUUACACCACAGACAGCAUGAGUCUUUAUCCCUCGGCUACGGGCUUGAUGAUUGGUAUUGACCUGGCCUACAACCUCUACUCCGCCUAUGGCCAGUACUUCCCCGGUCUGAAGGUGCUCGUUCAGCAAGCCAUGGCCAAGAUCAUGAAAGCCAACCCUGCGCUCUAUGUCCUCCGCGAGCGUAUCAGGAAGGGUCUGCAGCUGUAUGCCUCUGAGAGCAACCAGGAGUUCCUGAACUCUCAAAACUACUCGGAGCUGUUCAGCAACCAGACGCAGCUUUUCAUCGAUGACACCAAUGUCUACCGUGUCACCAUUCACAAGACAUUCGAGGGUAAUUUGACCACAAAACCUAUCAACGGUGCCAUCUUCAUCUUCAACCCAAGAACUGGACAGCUCUUCUUGAAGAUCAUUCACACCAGUGUCUGGGCUGGCCAGAAGCGUCUUGGUCAGCUUGCGAAGUGGAAGACUGCUGAAGAAGUCGCUGCCCUUAUCCGGUCUCUCCCCGUUGAGGAACAACCCAAGCAGCUCAUCGUCACCCGGAAGGGUCUGCUUGAUCCUCUCGAGGUCAAUCUGCUGGACUUCCCCAAUAUUUCCAUUCGGGCGUCUGAGCUUCAGCUGCCCUUCCAGGCUGCGAUGAAGGUCGAGAAGUUGGGCGACAUGAUUCUCAGAGCCACGGAGCCACAAAUGGUCCUCUUCAACCUGUAUGACGAAUGGCUUAAGAGCAUCUCGUCGUACACGGCCUUCUCCAGGCUGGUCCUCAUCCUCCGCGCCUUGCAUGUCAACCAAGACAAGACCAAGCUUAUCCUCCGACCAGACAAGACAGUCAUCACUCAGGAUCACCACAUCUGGCCCACGCUCUCUGACGAGGACUGGAUCAAGGUCGAAACUCAGCUUCGUGACCUGAUUCUGAAUGACUACGGCAAAAAGAACAAUGUCAACGUCUCCAGCUUGACCAGCAGUGAAGUCCGCGACAUCAUUCUUGGUAUGGAGAUCUCUGCGCCGUCGAUGCAAAGGCAGCAGGCUGCGGAGAUCGAGAAGCAGCAACAGGAACAGCAGCAGCUCACUGCCGUCACGACCAAGACCCAAAAUGUGCACGGCGAAGAGAUCAUUGUGACGACCACAUCUCAGUUUGAGCAGCAGACUUUUGCAUCCAAGACGGAGUGGCGCACCCGUGCUAUCGCGACGUCCAACCUGAGGACCAGGGCAAACAACAUCUACGUCUCUCCUGCCGAUGCUGAGGGUAAUGAGAUUACCUACGUGAUGCCAAACAACAUCCUCAAGCGGUUCAUCACUAUUGCCGACCUCCGUGUCCAAGUCGCCGGUUAUCUGUACGGUUCCUCGCCUCCCGAGACGGACCAGGUCAAGGAGAUCAAGUGCAUCGUUCUUGUGCCACAGAUUGGUGGUAUCCGCAACGUCCAACUACCUCAGCAGCUCCCGCAGCACGAGUACCUCAAGGGCAUGGAGCCUCUUGGCAUCAUCCACACGAUGUCUGGCAACGAGCUGCCGUACAUGUCAGCUGCCGACGUCACGGAGAUGGCCCGUCUCCAAGACGCGCACAGCUCGUGGGACAAGGAUCAGAGCGUCUCGGUAUCCGUCUUCUUCACCCCUGGCAGCGUCUCGCUCUCGGCCUGGGGCCUGACCCCUCAGGGCUACAGGUGGGGUGUGGAGAACAAGGACACGCAGAGCGACCAGCCGCAAGGCUUCGCCACGACCAUGGGCGAGAAGCGCAAGUUGCUCCUGAGCCCGCGCUUCAAGGGCUUCUUCCUCGUGCCCGAGAACGGCAAGUGGAACUACAGCUUCAUGGGCUCGGCCUUUGCGGGCGUGGAGAAGAAGCCGGUGCACGUCAAGCUCGACACGCCUAUGCCCUUCUACAGCGACCAGCACCGCCCGCUCCACUUCCAGAACUUUGCCGAGCUGGAGGACAUCUGGGUUGACAGGACGGACAACUUUGCAUGA